CGAGCAGUGUGGGAAGCAGCGGCAUUUCAGAGCGGCACGCGGCAGGUUGAGCUCCUCUGGUUUUCACGGUCGUGACACGGCAAUAAGUAACGGUUGAAGGAUCACGCGGGGACUAUUAUUGUUUAUCCUUUUCUGCUUCCUGUUCUUUUUACUGGAUAUUUUGUCUAUCGGUAACCAUGGCGGUGACUGAAGCUGGAUGUGAUCUAACUUACUGCAAGAUGAGGGGGAUUGUCACCGUCCUCACCGCUUUCAUCAAGGAGAGAAAAAUGGGGUUGAAUGACUUCAUCCAGAGGCUGGUGUCUACCCCACAUAUCUGCCAACAUGUUGAAGUUAACAACUUCCUGAAGAUCGAUGAGAAUCAAAACGAGGAGGGUGAAGAUGACGAACUUCCUGAAAGUCUGAUGUGCCUAAAUUCCCGAAGUUCACUGGCUGAGGACACUCAGAUCAAACCCUGUGAUUUUGACUACCUCAAAAUCAUCGGCAAAGGCAGCUUCGGAAAGGUUCUGCUGGCUCGGCACAAGGAGUCCACCAAAUAUUACGCAGUCAAAGUGCUGCAAAAGAAAAUGAUCAUGAAGAAGAAAGAGCAAAAGCAUAUCAUGGCUGAGCGCAGCGUGCUGAUGAAGAACAUCAAGCAUCCCUUCCUGGUGGGGCUGCACUACUCCUUCCAGACUACUGACAAGCUCUACUUUGUACUUGAUUACGUCAACGGUGGGGAGCUGUUCUACCAUCUCCAGAGAGAGAGGAUCUUCCUGGAGCCCAGAGCCAGGUUCUACGCUGCUGAAAUCGCAAGUGCACUUGGCUACCUCCACUCCCUGCACAUUGUGUACAGGGACCUGAAGCCUGAAAACAUCCUGUUAGACUCUCAGGGACACAUUGUCCUCACAGACUUUGGCCUCUGCAAAGAAGGCCUCACAGACAACGGAACAACGACAACAUUCUGUGGGACGCCAGAGUACUUGGCCCCUGAGGUUCUCCAGAAGCAGGCGUACGACCGCACCGUGGACUGGUGGUGUCUGGGAUCUGUGCUCUACGAGAUGCUCUACGGACUUCCCCCGUUCUACAGCCGCAACACAGCCGAGAUGUACAACAACAUCCUGCACAAGUCUCCCGUGCUCAAGCCCAACGUGUCGAACUCAGGCCGGGAGCUGCUGGAGGGGCUCCUGCAGAAGGACCGCACCAAGAGGCUGGGAGUGAAGGAUGACUUUCUUGAACUCAAGUUCCAUUCCUUCUUCUCGCCGAUCAACUGGGAGGACCUGAUGGCCAAGAAGAUCACGCCACCAUUCAUUCCCUCAGUGAGCGGCCCCACAGACCUGCGACACUUCGACCCCGAGUUUACCCACAUGCCCGUCUCCUCCUCUUUGUGCAACGACACGCUGACCGUGACCAGCAGCGUCAAGGAGGCGGCCGGAGCGUUCCCGGGCUUUUCCUACGGUCCUCCGUCAGGCCACUCCUUCAUGUGAGCGCCAGCAGCUCUACCUGGGAACUCACAAGAGACCGGACACAAGUUGGAUUGAGUCUUAUUUUUGAACAGAGGGUCCACACAGGAGCAGCCUGUUUUUUUUUCAGGGGACGUUACAAAGCCUGAUAAGAGGAUCUAACUGACUGGGAGUGUGGGGGGGGGGGGGGGGCAGAUCCUGAGGGAUCUUGUGCAUGAAAAGUAUGCAGAGUGGGACUACCAUGUUACAACAACACCCGGCCCUACUCUUCUGCCUCAACCACCCAAAACUAUAAUACAUGUGUGCCAAGUAUGGAUGCACUCUGGGUUCGUAAAACAUCACUCUCACAGCUACUGAUAAGGUGACAUGAAGAGAAGUGCCUGAGGUUCCGAAAAGGCAGUUUGGACAGCAGCAGCAGCAGCAGCAGCAGCGUUUGGCAAGAGCUGGCUUUAUCAAAAAACAUAAAAACUUCUUUGGACUUUUGACCAAGGCGCUAGCCGUUAAGGUUGAUGCCUUCAUUACAUGUCUACGUAUGUUUAAAAAACUGUUUAUGUUACUUCCAUGCGAAUGCUCAAUUGCACUUGAGGAAACAAGGGUCAAGAAAAGUGAAACAAUUGGCUUUUAGAGCAUCAGCAACUUUGGUUUAGACGGCUUCAUAUCUUUCCGCUCCUCGGUUCAUAUCUCCGCUUUGGAAAAAAGUGGCAUUUCAAUAUUUGAAGCAAAUUAAUGGUGCUUGGACCAAACAGUUAGCUAUGGCAAGCUUUAGCACAAACAUUUUUACUGACCGGUUUGUCCUCAAAAAAACUCAAGAUCAAGGUUUUACUGUACUGUGUAGAAGAAGAAAAGUUACAUAUAUUUUAUUGCAAAACCAAACGGUUUUCCUUGUUUUAAUAAGUACAAACAUUCAUUCUUUACUUCUCAGAACGUUCUGCAUAUAUUAGUAAAUUAUUUUCUAAAUGUUUCCAUAUAUAUAAAUAUGAACACACCAGUGGCUGUGUUCAUCUAUAUCUGCUGUUUAUGAAAGAUGUCUCUUAUUGAUCAGUAGAGUGCGAACAGAGUUCAACCAGCAAUAACAGGCCCACAUCCAUGAUAGCAUUUACUGUAAAUCAAACUCCUUUUAAAUUCAAGUAAUUGCUGUUUUAUGGUAAACACUCCAGACAAACUACAGAAUCUGAUUAGAACUGUUUGUUUUUGUAUUUAUGCAUCAUGUAGUGAGGAACUGUGAAUGUCAUAUGCCUGUCCAAGGCGGCCUGAUCCAUAUUUAGUGUAUGUACAUAUCUCUUUUCCCUAAACACCUUGGUCCCUCAUCUAGGAAAUAAUCUGUAGAAAAACGCUUCAUUAAUUUGAAGAAAGAACCACUAGGUGGCGCAGGUGCUGGCUUUUCACUGUCAGUGUUAAGACACCGGCCUACUGCAUUAAAUGGUUCUGAAAGUGCAAUAAAAUCCUGUUAACUCCAAAAUAUUGAUCAUUUAAUCUCUUUUAACAGACAUGUAAAUUGUAAUUUAUGAUCUGAUAUCCAUUAAGUUAUUAAGAGAGGAUCUUGACUCGCACAGAGAUUGUUCAUGAUUUUGUUUUGCCGCAGUCUCCACAUUUUAGGCGUUUGCAUACAGAGUGGAUUUUCAUGCCUGCUGAAAAUAAAAGAAUAAAUAAGACAACACACAGUUCUAGAUCAUUUCCUUCCAUAUUUGGAAGCAUAACUUUUUGUUUUGUAUUUUGUAUGUAUAUUUAUUAUCAUGCCACUGCUACUGUAUAAAAGAAUAUAAUUUACAUGAUCAACAGAAAUAUUGAGUUGUGUAAUCUGUGUCAGAAAUGGCGAAUAAAUUCUCUAA